GUUGACCUACUAUUAAGGAAAUCUGAUCUAAAUUUAAGUUCUAAGUAAACUAAUGACUGAAAAUUAGUUGUCUUUCCUAUUUAAAUGGUUUGGUAGGGAUAGCUUAUAUCCUGUUUAUUUCAGAAAGUAUUUGUGAAUAAAAUUGGAGUGUGUUUUCAUCUCGAGGAGUGAUUUCUGCCUGAGACUCUCUAAAUCAUGGAGACUUUUUCAUUUAGUGCUUUAAAAUAUUGAUUAAAUAUAUUCACUCUGGUUUGCUUUAAUUGCCUAUCUAGAAGUUUUCUUCUGAUGUGGUGCAGCCAUGUCUGGUGUAAGCUAGCUUAAUUAGCAGUGCUUAGUGAUUUGGGACCCCUGUUAAAGACUAUUAUGUUAUCUAGAAACAUAAGGAGUUAAAGCUAAAGCUGUGACCUCAUCUCUAUUCAUGGUACACUGGAGUAGAAGCUGCGCUGAAAGGGAUUGUUUAACUGCAUCGCUGUCUUUGCUGCUGCUGGUUGAUUGCUUUAAUUUGGUUCUGGUAUCUAUAGCGUGCUUUUGCUGAACAACUGUUAUGGUAGGGAUUUGUGGGAAUACUGGAGACAUAUGAAGUCAUGCUAAUAUCGACUGCAUGUGGAAAUAGCUCCCACAGGAAUACUUAGACUCAAGUACGUCUUUCUACCUGAUUUCAACUUUUUAUUGCUUCCCCUGUGAAAAUUCAAGCAGCAUCAAGGAGAGCUAAAACACACAGGCUUCUGGCCAGUCAUGCACUUACGCAACUGUGCAUGCUAUUUAUUACUUUAUUACUUAGCGCUACGUAUGAAAUGAAGAGCGCAACUGCUGUCGCUUUAAUGUCAGAGCGGCAUACGUUACAAUAGGUGUCACUGUGCGGCUGGGUCCAAUCGUUAUCGGUGACUUCAGCUAUUGGCUCCGAAUGCUGGCUGACUCCAUCUGCAGGGCUGCAAUACCUACUCUGUUCCGAUCCGUUCAACGCACAAGUUCAGCUUGCCGAGCAGCCUAGCAGUGCUGCGGUGUGCAUCUUGCUAGCUCCCUUCAGAAAGCCGGUGCUACAGCCACGCGUGUACCCUCUUCGCAGGGUGUAGCGCUUGCAGGCGACUCCUGAUCAGGAAAUCUGGAAAGAAGUAAAACUGGCAGGAAUGAUGGGGGUGUAUUUAACGAUUCAAGUACUGGAUCAAACUUAAAGCCAGUUUCUUACUCGGUGCACUGGAAAGGUCACCUUGUCUUGCUGGAAAAGAAGCAAACUCUCAGCUCUGCUGCUCUCUGCUUAACAGCUCCCACGUGCAUUUCUUAAUGUUUCUAGCUAGUUAGGCUAUCUAGCUUUACAGACAAGUAUACUCAUGGUAGAUGAGAAAGGAAAGAACAUGAAAUGUCUCACCUUCUUCUUGAUGCUUCCAGAGACGGUUAAGAACAGGUCCAAGAAGAGCUCUAAGAAGGGAAAUAGCAGCAGCAGUAGCAGCAGCAAAUUGCCUCCAGUUUGCUAUGAAAUCAUUACCUUGAAGACCAAAAAGAAGAAGAAGAUGGCUGCUGAUAUUUUUCCCCGAAAGAAACCAGCCAACACUAAUACAACUGCUGUCCAGCAGUACCACCAGCAAAAUCUCAAUAACAACAACACUAUUCCUGCACCUAAUUGGCAAGGACUUUAUCCAACCAUCAGAGAGAGAAAUGCAGUGAUGUUCAACAAUGACUUGAUGGCAGAUGUUCAUUUUGUUGUCGGGCCACCAGGUGGGACCCAGCGGCUGCCAGGACACAAAUAUGUCCUGGCUGUUGGGAGCUCUGUAUUCCAUGCGAUGUUUUACGGAGAGCUUGCUGAGGACAAAGAUGAAAUCCGUAUACCAGAUGUUGAGCCUGCUGCUUUUCUUGCAAUGCUGAAAUACAUAUAUUGUGAUGAAAUUGAUUUGGCUGCAGAUACCGUGCUGGCCACUCUUUAUGCUGCCAAGAAGUAUAUCGUCCCUCAUCUUGCCCGCGCCUGCGUCAACUUUCUAGAGACAAGUCUAAGUGCAAAGAAUGCCUGUGUGCUGCUUUCCCAGAGCUGCUUAUUCGAGGAACCUGACUUGACCCAGCGCUGUUGGGAAGUGAUUGAUGCCCAAGCUGAGCUAGCUUUGAAGUCUGAGGGGUUCUGUGACAUUGAUUUUCAGACACUUGAAAGCAUUCUCCGAAGGGAGACUCUGAAUGCCAAAGAAAUUGUUGUUUUCGAAGCAGCUCUGAACUGGGCUGAAGUGGAGUGUCAGCGACAAGAGCUAACGGCUACCAUAGAGAACAAGCGCAAAGUCCUCGGGAAGGCUCUGUACUUGAUACGCAUCCCUACCAUGGCCCUCGAUGACUUCGCAAAUGGCGCUGCUCAGUCUGGGAUUCUGACUCUCAACGAAACCAAUGAUAUCUUCCUCUGGUAUACGGCUGCCAAAAAGCCAGAGUUACAGUUUGUAAGCAAGCCCCGUAAAGGCCUCGUUCCUCAGCGAUGCCACCGUUUCCAGUCCUGUGCUUACCGCAGCAACCAGUGGCGCUACAGGGGCCGGUGUGACAGCAUCCAGUUUGCUGUUGAUAAGAGAGUGUUUAUUGCUGGCUUUGGGCUGUACGGCUCCAGCUGUGGAUCGGCAGAGUACAGUGCCAAGAUUGAACUCAAACGACAAGGAGUUAUCCUAGGUCAGAACUUGAGUAAAUACUUUUCAGAUGGUUCUAGUAACACUUUUCCUGUGUGGUUUGAAUAUCCAGUGCAGAUUGAGCCUGACACCUUUUACACAGCUAGCGUGAUUCUGGAUGGUAAUGAACUCAGCUAUUUCGGACAAGAAGGAAUGACAGAAGUUCAGUGUGGGAAGGUGACUGUUCAGUUUCAGUGCUCUUCGGACAGUACAAAUGGCACUGGGGUACAGGGAGGGCAAAUUCCCGAACUCAUAUUUUAUGCUUGAAUGAAAGUGUGUGGAGACGAAGCAUUUUGCUAUGAAGAACCUGUCUGAUUCAGGCCUACUGACACUUAGCUUUUUAUCUGCAAAUAUGUGAUCAGUACAGGUAAUAUGUAACUAAACGCUGUGGGCAAGUUACUGGCUUGCUAUACUUGUAGCAUUGUUGGUGAUAAAGUUUAAGUGUAAUAUUUAAACUGGAAGCUCUUAGGAACAAGCAAGUUUUAAAGGCUUUAUAAGAGGGUUGCCUGUUUGCUGGUGAUGCUAACCCUUUCUUUCAUGCACCUGUGAAUCACCAGAGGAUGUCCCCCUCUUGUAUCUCACUAAACACUGUCUUCAUUGAUCCAUUUUCUCUUUCUCCAUUUCCUGCUUUCUGCUUGUAAUUUUUUGGGGAGGUAGGGGUAGAAAAUGAAGAGCCUUGUUUUAUAGCACUCUCUUCUAUCUGCUCUUCAGACUUAAGAGCUUCCAAUAAACUGAGCUGCUUUUGAUCAUGGGAGCCAAAAGAAGUCCUUCAGUUGUAAGGAGAAAAAGCAGAGGUUUAAACCUUCAUCCUGUGACAUUCUCCUGCAGCCAACUGUUCAGGAUGGCUACAGGAAGAUGGAGAGAAGCAAGCAGCUUUCAGAAAGCUACACAGCAUGCUGACCAUGUCCACGGUACAUGGACGUGUUUACAGUGAGGGGGGGAUGUGGGCUUGGCAAAUUACCCUCAGAGUUCAUUUUCUAGGAAUCCCACCUUGAAGGCAAGGAAGUACUUGCACAUGUUCAGAUUGUACAUGCAGCUCUUGAAACUCUACUCCCAUGACCUAGUUUUUGCUACAUUGAAGUUGAUUUGCUAUUUAAAUGGCUUUUCUUUGAACCCUUGCUAAAUAAAUGGGAAUUAAUAUCUAUCAUCCGAUGCAGGAUAAUUUUUUGUUUGUUUUGGGUGGGUUUUUUUUCUUCCUCCUAAACAUGGUAGAGGCAGAUUAUAGAGGAACAAAAGAACGUACCAAUCCUGACUUGGACUUUUUCCUGUAAUAUGAGAUUUCUUAUUUUUAUUACCAUACAUUAUCAGUGAAAAUUUAGACAAAGAAGAUUCCCAGCUGUGGUCAUAUUACACUUAGUGUAUAUUAUCAGAUAACAGUGAGGAGGAGGAAAUCUCUAAUGUGUUAAUGUUGGAUCUCUGGCAACUGCUUAUGGUUACACAUCAAUCAGAGGAUUAUGUGGUACAGAACCUUUUCCUUGUCUGAAUUUUUUUUUUUCCAAACUUCCUGUUAUAUGUCUGUAUUGUUUUUGGAAAAGUAUUAGGGAUCAUGACUCCAUUUAUCAGGGAAGGAAACGAGUAUAAAUAAGAAAUACAGGUACUGUUUAAACAUAAGAAAAUCCUUCACCAUUGCAUUGGGACAGUUGCUUCUCAGAGGCACACUACCUAUUGUAAAGCAUCUCAUUUCACCUUUGAAGUGGGUUCUGUUUGUUGCGUAUGUUCUAACAAAAUGAGAGGACCAAAUGAUUCUUUAGACAGAGUGAAGAUUAAUGUUACAGUAUAUCAACACGUUAAUGUAGCAUAAUCCUAAAUUCACUUGUCAGUUUUGUAAUAAAAAUGUUUUUCUCAUAUGAUUUCUUACCAGCUUAAUACUGUUACUCUAAGUGUUUUUUGACGGUUGGAAUCCUGACCCCUGGCCAUCGUAAAGUGCUGGUACAUCUUUGUAGUGUCCAAAAUACCAUCUGAAGUAAGGAAGACUAGAGUGUAGAUGUCAAACACUUUAUGGCCAAAGCCCAGAUCUACUCUCUAGGUAAUAAAAGGAGAGCCAGGUAAAAAACUGCCCUGCAACAUCUAUGCUUUUCACCCGUCUUAGUGUUUAAUGUUUUUUAUACAUACAUACAUACAUAUGUGUGUGUUUACAUUUCAGAAAGAAUGUCGCUUAUAAAUACCCUCAAAAUAUAGAGAAAAAUGUUUUGGUUUUUUGUAACAGCUGUACAUAAUCCAGACUGUUAGUGAAAUCUAAACAGAAUGCUCCGUGGAAAACUCCUGGAGGGAGAUUUUAAAAACCUCCAGUUAAUUAUAUUUAGAUCUGCAGCCUAAAAUAGACAGGAGCAUGAAUUGUAUGGACUGGAGGAAGAGUUGCUGAAGAGACUGCAAAAAGGCAUCUUACGAUUGUGAUGAGGUAAUGGUCAUCUACUUUUAGACGACAUCUGAGCAGCAGUUCCAUUUAUUUAAAUACAUUUGAAAGCAGAGAAAGAUGCUAAUCAGCCGAUUAAGUUUUCUUACAGCAAGUGGUUGAUGUAGAUGUAAUUACUCUGAGUGAUGAUCAGAUUGACAAGUUGCUUGCAGUAGCAAGCUACAUUCUGAGUUGUUUGGAAAAAAAACAGGUGCCUCAGCUGGUGGGACAAAUCAGAGUACUGCGUUGGUAUAACUAGACUUGGGUUCUCACUUUUAAUUUAUUUUUUGGUUUUUACUUACCUGCAAAUAAAGGUGAAGUAUCUACUACGUUCACUGGCUGGAACAGAAGUUAAAAGAUCAGAAUACUGUGUAACUGUAAUAUGUAGAAAAUGAGCUGUUAUUUAAUUAUUAUUUUAUUUCCUACUUUUAUGAAAUCUUUUUGAUGAAGUAGGUUGAAAGCAACCUCUAGCUUAAUUCCUCUGAGUCCAUUCCAGGUUUUAGGAGCUGGUGCAUGUAAAGUUUUUCAGUAUGGAUGAAUAAACAUAAGCACCCCAAAAUACCUUUUGAUGCUUACAGCACAACUUGAUUCUGAGCACUGCUUGAUGCUAACAAGUACUGGUAUAUAAGAAGGUCUCUAGUAUCAGUGACCUUAGGACAUCAGGGCACUUAAAUAUGUGUCUGACUGUGGAUUUGGUUGGUUUAGCAGUAGCAUCCAAGCUUGAAUACAUUGACAUUUUGCAAGCAUCAGCCAUAUCAACCUGGAAUGUAAGCAUAAUGUCGAUAGAGAUCCUUUUGUAGAUUCUGUCUUAAACUGUACCUGGCCAUCUUUGCUACUUGUAUGUUUGAUUUUCCUGGUGAGGGGAAUCUGUGAUAAGAGAGUAUGAUGUAAUAUACUUUCUGCAUAUCUAAAAUAGUAUUUAAGUAAACAUUUUAAUUUCUACAUAGUUAUUGCACUGAACUGUUUUGGGAUUUUUUUUUUUAUUUAUUUGUUGUGAUAAACUCAGCUAACUUCAGGUCCCAGCACCCAUUUGUGGUGGAGCAGUGUUUGACCUUAGCAGGCUUACAGCAUUAUUUAUAAAGGACAGAUAUAUAUAAAUAUGAAGUACCUCAUGUUGAAUGUUAUUGUACUGUAUCUUUAAUGUCACAGUGCAGAUCUUGUUGGACUCAUGAAUGUGUAUAAUCACAUUAAACAAAAAUAAAAAUGGUUCUUAAA